UACUUAAUCUCUAAGGAUAACAUUUUCCAAAGAGGUCGAAGCAUCACUUUGUAUAUAUUGGCGGGCCCUCAAAUAAUAUCCUUCUGUUUGAUUCACACAAUUUACCCCCAUUUUUCUUGCAUCGAUUCCAACCAGUUUUCCAGCGUGACAUCCAUAGAACAACGUCGACACCAGCAUUUUCAUUCAACCAUCAAUAACCACAAAAAAUGUUCUUUUUAAAAGACUUAUCGUUGAAUUUAACCUUACAUCCCAGUUAUUUUGGGCCACAGAUGGACCAAUAUCUAAGAGAUAAAUUACUUAGUGAUGUUGAAGGAACAUGUACCGGUCAAUUUGGAUAUAUUGUAUGUGUCUUGGACUGUAUGAAUAUAGACGUCGGGAAGGGGAGAAUCAUACCCCUGUCUGGAAUGGCUGAAUUCGAAGUCAAAUACAGAGCUGUUGUUUGGAAGCCGUUUAAAGGAGAAGUGGUUGAUGCAAUUGUCACAACCGUCAACAAAAUGGGUUUUUUUGCAGAUGUUGGUCCUUUGUCAGUGUUUGUUAGCACCCACUUAAUACCUUCAGAUAUGCAAUUCAAUCCUUCUGCCAACCCACCAGCGUAUGUAAGUCAGGAUGAAAACAUUGAAAAGGGAUCAAAAGUAAGAUUGAAAAUUGUUGGUACUAGAACUGAUGUUAAUGAAAUCUAUGCCAUAGGAAGUAUAAAAGAAGAUUACUUGGGACCAAGUCCUAUGUGAUGAGAUAAAACAAAAACACAAUAGGUAUUUGAAAACAAAAAUAGAACCUUUCAUUUUGUAUUAUAAUAAGUUGUAUAUUUUAAUAUUACAAGGAUAUCAUG